UUAUCAACUCAGCUUUUCAUUUAACAAUAAAUAUUUUGAUAUUGACUUGUGUAAACAAGAAGAACACACAAUCAUAUUCUACUUAUCAGCAUUUAAUUACAAGCUACUCUAGAAGCCGAGCAACGAUGUCAGGAGUACUCCAUUUGGACACAGGAAAUGUAUCCAGUUAUAUUACAGCAAGUGUGUCCAAUUCCCAUAAUGAUGUCGUCGCUUUUGAGAUGAAAUUUGCCAAAGAUAUGACCAUUGCUCAGCUAAAGAGUAAAUUGGAAAUAUUGACUGGUGGAAAUGCCGGAACCAUGAAAGUGGAGUUAUUCAAAGGAGAUGCUUUACUACAUUUGUUAGACAACAAUGAUGCUAAGCUUGGCUAUUACGCUGAUUGCGACGGCUUAAGACUGCAUGUUGUAGAUAUUUUCUCCAGCUUCGCAUUUGACAAUGAGUCAAUUGAAAAGUUUGAGCUUUCAAACGAUCAAUAUGAAAAAAGGACCGACUCGGUGCGAAACUUUUUAAAACAGAACAAGCUAGGCAAGUACAAUGAAGAGGAAAUGCAGCAAAUGGAAGAGAAACGCCGGCAACAGGCUGAAGAAAUACAAAAGCGUGCGUCACUCUGUGUUGUGGACAGCCGGUGUCAGGUAACUGUACCCGGAAAUCCAACUCGUCGUGGCACUAUAAAAUAUAACGGACCCCUUGAUGGAAAAACUGGUGUAUUUAUUGGUGUAGAGUAUGACGAGCCAUUGGGCAAAAAUAACGGAAGUGUUGCUGGCAAAGCGUACUUCGAAUGCCAACCAAAUUAUGGCGGCUUCGUUUCACCAUUGUCCGUGGAGGUCGGCGACUUUCCACCAGAGGAAGUGGACCUGGACGAUGAGCUUUAAUUAUAAUGAAAACAAGCAAAUAAACUAUUAACAAAAAUAAUCUAAUUUUGCUUCUAUAUCCCAACUAAUCCUAGAGAUUAUAUUUAUU